UAUGCAGGUCCCGGCGGAGCAUGCGCACAGUCACUCCUGGAAUCCAAACUUCACUUCCCAAAAGGCCGCGCGUUGCCAGAGGGGGCAGAACUUGGCAUCCCACGUGGUUCCCUUUACGUGCUUUCCCAGAACCGGAAGUUGGGGCUCUAGCGCUCUCCCCCUGCCUGGAAUGUUGCCGUGGCCCCAGAGAGUCGCCCCAGAGGAGGCGCUCCUGAAGGCGCUGCAUGUGGUGUGGAAGCCUGUAGGGGGCGCUCUAGCAUCGUGGGAACCGCCUCGGUCCCUGGUCCCUUCACUCUUCUCGCCUAGACCUUGGAGCCGCCUCCCGAAGACCUUCCCCCCGGACCUCCCCGCUUUGGCUCCUCCCUGCGGACCCACCUUCCUGCACUUGCAGCUCCCACCCCAGAGCCGCUCCCUGCAAAGCCCGAGUGACCCCUCUGCUCUCAGGCCCCUCCGGGCUCGAUGGCGGGGCAGUCCCAGGGAUGAGAACCUCCUUCCUGCCGCUUUAUUGCUCCGUCUCCAGCUGAGGCUCCGAUGGCCGCCAGGCUCCGUCCCCCCUGACUCUUCCUCGUCCGUCUCCUUCCCGCGGGACUCCUUUUUCGGGACAGCUACCGCAGAAAAGCUUCCGCGGGACUCCUUUUUCGGGACAGCUACCGCAGAAAAGCUUCCGCGGGACUCCUUUUUCGGGACUGCUACCGCAGAAAAGCUUCCGCGGGACUCCUUUUUCGGGACAGCUACCGCAGAAAAGCUUCCGCGGGACUCCUUUUUCGGGACAGCUACCGCAGAAAAGCUUCCGCGGGACACCACCUUCUGCGGGACUCCUUUCCCAUCCCCCUUGUUGCGUACCUUCCCUCUGCUGAUUAUCCCUCUCCCUUCUCUCUGUCUCCCAUCUAUCCGGGCAGGUGUGUGCGUCUGUGUGCGUGUAGUUCGCUUCCCUUUGUUUCCCCGACGCUUAGCACAGAGCCCGGCUCUGGCGGACUGACUUCUCCUUAGUCUAAGUCAGCAGAGCCUCGUGUCCAAAAAGCGGCUGGAUCCGGGAGGAUCCUGGCGGCCCGAGUGACAAAGGCCGGUUUUCUUCCCGCGCUGGAAUCACGUCAUGUUGUUAAACUGCAUCUUGGGGCGGGGUCUUAAGAAUGCCGAAGGGUGACGCCCUCCCUCUCCAUCCCUCCCUCUGGAAACCCCCCUUCAAGGCCCAGCCCGGGCUCUUCCUCCUUCCGUGCCUGUGGCUUGAGCUUACUCGGAGUCUCUGGGUGUUAGAGCUUUCUCCCAAAUGACGGAUUUUCCCCCUUUUCAUUGGGGUCAGUGGUUCCUGUCCCCUUUCUCCCCCGGGGGAUGGCGGUGUCUUGCAGACGCUUCGGGGUCGUUUUGUCUUCACUGUCCCCAGUGCUCAGCCAUGUGCCCGACCCUCGGGCCAGACCGGCAUUCACAAAGGCUUCCGGAGUGAGCGCUUGAACAAACAACGCAGGGCUGUCCCUCUGGUUCAGACUCGGGGUGCUCGGAAUGGUGAACAUUGGGAGAUGUGGCUGUGACCUCUAAGGAGACCUCCAGUCUCCAAGGAGACCCCGGUGCCCUUCUCAGCAGGAUCCGUGCAGGGAUGGGAUGCGGGACAACCAGAGGAACCUGGCCUGCCCGGCUAAGCACAGAUUCCCCUUGUCUCCCCAUCUGUCUUUGGGAAGGGCUUUGCUUGCUUUCUUGGACUUGUGAUUUCCAAACCAGAUACAAUACACCCAUUGGAACAAGAAAUAAAGCUUUGGAUGCCAAAGGGAGAUGUCUGAUGAAGCACCUGUCCAUGUUGGGACAGUAGGUCUGAAAUCAAACAGACAAUCCCAAAGCUGGACAUUUCUUUGAAGGAAUUAUGCCAGGAAAGUCUUCUAAGGGGUGGUACCUUUGACUCUGAGUUGAGUCAAAUCUGGAGCACCCAGCUAGCGAGGAAAUAAUAAUGAAUGUAAUGAGUGGGAAGGCCUUCUGCUGGAAGAUAGACCUCAUUUGACAUCAGAUUAUCCAUACUGUGAAAGAUCUUAAGAAUAUAAUGAAUAUGGGAAGACUUUCUGCCCGACUACAGCUCUUAUCUAAUGGAUGUGUCGAGUGUUAGGAUUGACUACCUAUCACUUACAACCAUUAAAUGACAUUGUAAGGGGAGACAGUGCUAUAAACUCACCACACCAGCUUAAAGAAGAAGCUCAAGAGGCUUUGAGAGAAGUUGAAGUGACUUUAUCCAAUGUGGUUGAAAGAGUCAUUCAAAAACCCUUGGAAAUAUCAGUUUUUGCUAUGCAAGAGGCACCCACAGCAGUCCUUCAUCAAGGAGACAGUGUGAUAGAGUGGGUGAACCUCCCGUCACAACUAGAACAAACUCUUAGUCUUUACCCAGUGCUUGUGGCUAGACUUUUAUUGAAAGACAUUAAGCGAGCCAGAUAACAAUUAUCUGGGAUAAGACCUGAUAAGAUAGACACCUUUUAUACUAAUGCACAAAUUAAUGUAUGCUGUGAAACCAUCCCAGAGUGGCAAAUUUUAUUAGCUAUGGCUCCAAAUUUUAUACUCGGGUCUCCAUUAAAGAUAAGCAGACUAUUACAUAAUUGAGGGUGGAUUCUUGAAGAAAAAGUUUCUAAAGUUCCUCUUAAAGGACCAACUCUCUUUAUAGAUGCAUCCAAACAUAAUAUUUGUGCUAUAUACUCUUGUGAUUUAAUUAUAGAGAGAGUACUCAGAACUCCUUUUCAGUCCUCUCAGCAGAAUGAAUUGUAUGGGAUCAUUCUAGCUCUUACUUAUCCUGGAGAUAUAAAUAUAACAUCUGAUUCGGCCUGUUCUACAAAGCAUUGCCAUAGCCCAAAUAAAAUUUGUAGCUUCUAAUAUAUAUCAGCUCUUUUAGGAACUUCAAGAGCAAGUGAGAAAGCAUCCAGGUAAGAUUGAUAUCUUGCAUGUCCACUCUUAUAGUGGACUUCCAAAUUCUAUUUUUGAUGAUAAUUCAAAGGCAGAUAGCCUUCUAACCAUGUUGGCCAAUACUCCUUUAUUUCAAGCAGCCCAAGAAUCUCAUUCUAAAUAUCAUCAGGCUGCUCGAGCUUUACAUUAUAAAUCUUUUGGUCCUCUGUCUUUUAUCCAUGUUGUGGUAGAUACUUUUUUAUGAUUCACUUUUGCAAUACCAGCAGCAAAAGAGACAGCCUGAGUGGUCACUGAAUUCCUUAUACAAGCAUUUGCAAUUAUGGGUGCGCCAUAAGCAAUGAAAACAGACAAUGGACCUGUAUAUACUUCUAAAAAUUUUGCACACUUUUGUGCACACUGUAAGAUUUUACACACCAUUAGUAUACCUUUUAAUCCUCAAGUACAGCAGUAGUAGAGAAGAGGAACAGAGACAUUUAAGAUGCUCCUCCAAAAACAAAAGAAAGGGGGAGCCAAAGGCAACCCUAGAGAACUUGUCAAUCUAGCUCUUUAUACUAUUUCUUGAUUUUUGACAAGGUGCAUUGGCUCUGGCAGGCAGGUUUUAUAACCCACCGGAAGGGCAGUGUCCAGUGCGAGCAGCUCCACUAUCUAAAUAAUCGCCAGGUGAUGUGGAGAGGCCCAGAAAGUGGUGAAUGGAAGGGACCGGAUAGAUAAACUGCUUGGGGGAGAGGGUUUGCUUGUAUCUCCACAAAUGGAGAAGGAAUCAGAUGGGUCCCAAUGAGCCGUAUUCACCUUGUCCAUCAGAGAGAGAUGGAGCACACCUUGAAAGGAAGUACACCCAAGAAACUUCUGGUGGUUCCAUUGCUGACUGUGCUCAUCACUGAAUGAGCAUGGCAGUUAUGGCGUUUGACUCAUGUACAUCAAAAAUUAUAGAACUUCAAAAUUCUCAGGAAUCAUUGGAUUCUCUGAGAUAUGAUAAGACUGUUGCAGGACUUCUCUACUAUUGCGUGUACUUGAAUCAUUGGAUUCCCUAACACAUAAAAAGACUGUUGCAGGACUUCAAAAACUUGUGGGAAUCACUGGGUCCCCUGACAUGUGAAGCAAUGGACAAUAGAUUGAUUUUGGACUCUCUCUUGGCUGCUGAAGAAGGCGUUUGUGUGACUGUUGUUUACAUACCCUUCUUCUAGGACUUCUGGAAAUCUUUUACAACACUAUGUUGAUUCAUAUUGUUUGUUAUAUCACUACUUGCAUGUACAAUUGAUGUUUGUUGCACCACAAUGAGCCUGCACUGGUUGUGGGGAGUGUCAUCACUACUAGCCUGUGUGUUAUUGAUAUGUGCUUGUGUAACACCUCCCAUGCUGAUGGGUUUGUGCAUACCUGAUUCUAAUAAAACCCUUCAGCCCAGAAACCUGUUAGCAAUCCCCACUUCCCUUUGGUGUUUUUCAUCUCCCUUCCUGAGCUGUUGGGGAGCGUGAUCACCUCGUUUUUGGUGUUUUCAAUCUCACUUUCUACCAGAAUCCUUUCCAAACUCACAUUAAUCCUGGUGCUUUGUUUCUGUUGACAAUCUCUAAAUUUAUUGUAUCUAUAUCCCAUAGUUCUAUCUAUAUUCCAUAGAUAGAUAAUCGAAUCCUCAUUAAACUGUGAGCCCUUCCAAGCA